GUCUCCUCGCCUGUGGGUGGACAGCUUCGGCGUCAGUCCGCUGCCGGCCGCACAACUUUCAUCAGCUGCUUCGUCUUGUUUUUAGUCUUUUUACACGAGGCAGACAGUUUUCGCCAGUAGUCCACUUUAAAUGCAGAGUGGUCUGCGGUCAGCGAGAACACAGCCGAGACGCCGGUGCCAUCUGAUUGUUCAUUCAAGGCUAAACAGAGGACACAAAUCCAUUGUGCACCAUUCGCCAUCACUAUGGAGCUGACAUACAGGAUCAUUGGCCUGCUGGGAUACAUCUUCCUGGACUGGGUUCCUCUGGCUUCUGCUGAGGAAGAGGUGCUGAUGAAUACUAAAAUAGAGACGUCUGAUCUAAGAUGGACCAUCUUCUCAGAGGCCAAACCUGAGUGGGAGGAAGUGAGCGGUUUAGAUGAGGAGAACAACAGCGUGAGGAUCUACCAGAUCUGUCAGACUGAUGGCUCAUUCAGCCACUGGCUGCGCAGCGGCUUCAUCCAGCGACGAGGAGCCUCACAAGUAUACGUGGAGCUGCGUUUCACCAUGAUGGAGUGCUCCUCCGGGAACAGCCACCACCGCAGCUGCAAGGAGACCUUUAACCUCUACUACUACCAGGCCGACUCCAACGAGGCCACAGACACAUACCCGCCAUGGAUGGAGAACCCUUACACAAAGGUGGAUACAGUGGCAGCAGACUUUCUGCUCAGGAAGGGCGGUGAACGGAAAUUCAACGUGAAGACCAUAAGACUCGGCCCUUUAUCCAAGAGAGGCUUCUACUUGGCCUUUCAGGCUCAGGGCUCCUGCAUGGCCUUGCUCUCCGUCAGGGUUUUCUUCAAGAAGUGUCCCCCCCUUGUCAGCGCUCUUUCCUCAUUCCUUGAGACCGUUCCCCGCACUCUGGUCCAGGAGGCACACGGUGAAUGUGUGGAGCAUGCCACCCAGCAGGGGCCGCGAGCUCGGGCUCCCAAGCUUUUCUGUGGCGAAGAUGGCCAGUGGGUGGGCCAGCCGACCACCUCCUGCGCCUGCCUUCCUGGAUAUGAGGCUGCCGAGGGCUACACAAGAUGUACAGCUUGUCCCGUGGGUCACUUCAAAUCCGGCACAGAGGGACAGUGCACAGUCUGUCCGGGAGCAAGCCACGCCUCCAUCAGAGGGCAGUCUGUAUGUGCAUGUCGCCCUGGAUACUUCCGAGCACAAUCCGACACCCCUGACACUCCAUGCACCAGACCUCCCUCAGCACCACGCAGCAUCGCCUCCCAGAUUAACGGCACUUCGCUACGAUUGGAGUGGAACGAACCUCUGGACAAUGGCGGCAGAGCAGACCUCAGCUACAGCAUCAGGUGCCUCAUGUGCAGGACGCCGAGGGGCUCAUGCGUGUCCUGCGGCGACAGCAUCAGCUACCGCCCUGCUCAGCACGGCCUGACGAGUCGCAAGGUGGAGGUGUGGGGCCUGCUGCCUCACACCACAUACACUUUUGCCAUCCAGGCUCUCAAUGGGGUGUCCCAGUUCAGCGGCAAGGACCCCUCAAGCGAGGGUGUCAACAUCACCACCAGCUAUGAUGUGCCGUCACUGGUGUCUGUGAUUCGUAAGAGUGACUCCACAGAGAGCAGCCUAACUCUUCACUGGUCCGUCCCUGUGCAGCCGCACUACACCAUUCUGCAGUAUCAACUCCGCUACUGUGAGAAGGAGCGGCACAGUGAUGAUCCGUGCCACUACACGGAGAGUAACAGAAACCAGGCCGUGCUGACGGACCUCCGCAGGGCCACUCAGUAUGAAGUGCAGGUCCGAGCGCGCACCAUGGCUGGUUAUGGCAGCUUCAGUCCUGCAGCAGUCUUCCGCACCCUGCCUGAUGGAAUUGACUCUUCUUCCCAGUUCUUGGUGCCGGGCAUCCUUAUCGCCAUCGGGAUGCUGCUGCUCGUCACUUUCAUCUUUGUGGCUGCUUACUGCAUACGCAGACACAGCCGUAUAAAGGAUCCAGAACUGAGCGACAAAAACAGCCAGUACUUAGUAGGCCAAGGGGUCAAGGUUUAUAUCGACCCCUUCACCUACGAGGACCCGAAUGAGGCAGUGCGCGAAUUUGCCAAGGAAAUCGAUGUUUCCUUUGUGAAGAUAGAGGAGGUUAUCGGAGCCGGGGAGUUUGGGGAGGUGUGCCGAGGGCGACUGAGGGUCCCCGGGAAAAAAGAAAACUACGUAGCGAUAAAGACUCUAAAAGGCGGCUACACAGAGAAGCAGCGGCGCGACUUUCUGUCCGAGGCGUCCAUCAUGGGCCAGUUCCAGCACCCCAACAUAAUACACCUGGAGGGCAUCAUCACAGCCAGCUGUCCGGUCAUGAUCCUCACCGAGUUUAUGGAGAACGGUGCUCUGGAUUCUUUUCUACGGCUUAAUGACAGCCAGUUCACACCCAUCCAGCUGGUGGGGAUGCUGCGCGGCAUCGCCUCAGGCAUGAAAUACCUUGCAGAGAUGAGCUACGUCCACCGAGACCUGGCGGCACGCAACAUCCUGAUCAACAGCAACCUGGUGUGCAAGGUGUCUGACUUUGGCUUGUCACGCUUCCUGCAAGAGAACUCCUCUGACCCAACCUACACCAGCUCCCUGGGAGGGAAGAUCCCAAUCCGCUGGACAGCGCCAGAGGCAAUUGCCUUCAGAAAGUUCACGUCAGCCUCAGAUGUGUGGAGCUAUGGUAUCGUCAUGUGGGAGGUCAUGUCCUUUGGAGAGAGGCCCUACUGGGACAUGAGCAACCAAGAUGUAAUCAAUGCUAUCGAGCAGGACUAUCGGCUGCCCCCUCCUCCUGACUGCCCCACCCACCUGCACCAGCUAAUGCUGGACUGCUGGCAGAAGGAUCGGUCCGCGCGGCCUCGCUUCGCCGAACUCGUCAGUUCCUUGGACAAACUGAUCCGGAACCCCGCGUCGCUGAAAAUAGUCGCCCAGGAGGGAGCGGGACCAUCCUACCCACUGCUCGGCCAGCGGUCGCCGAUGGCCCUCUCGUCCUGUGCCUCGGUGGGGGAAUGGUUGAGGGCCAUCAAGAUGGAGCGCUACGAGGACAGCUUCCUGCAAGCCGGGCUCACUACCGUGGAGCAGCUGGGCCAGCUCACAACACAAGACUUGCUGCACAUGGGGGUGACUUUGGCCGGCCAUCAGAGGAAGAUCCUCUCCAGCAUCCAGACCAUGAACUUCCAAAACAAGAGCACAGCACCUGUGACCUUCUAGCUUACCUGAAUACGGAUGUCAGAAAAUGAGUCCAGGGCACUCUGGAUCAUCUCACAUGACCUAUGUUGGACCAGAAGCGACACAUUGGCAGAAUUUAUUAUUAAUCACCUGGAAAAGCAAGAAUCAGUGAGACUUGCCUGGAGACUCAAUCAUCACAGACGACGCUGACACGUGCAGAAGGACUCCUCGCUUAGUGGGCCGUGCUUAUAUGUCAAAGGACCCCCAUUUCAAGUGCCAAGCUAAGAGAGAAGCAUAAAGAACGCCGUGAUGAAAAGCAUCUGCUUGUCAAAUGCAGCAAAGAAGUUAAAGGCCAAAGAAAAGGUCUCACACGGUUGUGUUAAUACACACAAGAACCACUCACACAUGUCUGCUUCCAUCUGGAUCACAGCUUUCAUAUCAAGAUUUGAACACUUGAACUGU